GUAAGAAGUGCUACUGAGGAUUUUGACACUAAAGUAAGCUUGUUUGAUGAACUUGGCCCACACAUGUCAGAUGAUGAUGAUGAUGAUGAAGAGAUUGAUCCAUAUCAAAGAUUUUUCUUUGAGUCUGACUAUUUGGCGCUCAAAGAUAACAAGCAUUAUCAUUUACUGUUACAAACUUUAGUAGCACUAGAAGGACAGAGAGUACAAGCAGUCAAGGAUUUGGAUGCCCUCUGUGUUGAAGAGGCAAAAGCACUAGACGAUCCAGUAGGAUUUGUAGAAAAACUGCAAAAUAAUGAACCCCUUGGCCUCCCAUCACCACAGAAUGUUAUCAAGCUACCCAAGAUUCCUUGGGAGUCYUAUGCCUCCUCCUUUGGUCCAAUAGAUAUGUCUCUUCCCAUACAACACCAUACAAGGUCAUCAACAGCUUCUAAUUCUGAGAAAGCCACACAGGAACUCCAACCAGCUGCGAAUUUGUUGAACAGUGAGGUGACGGACAGUAACACCAGCGAAACCAUCUUUUCUGAAGCUGUCAAAAAUAAUAUUCCUGGAAAGAUGCCCACUUUUAACCAGCAAUGGACAAUAGCAGAACAAACUCGGCUUGAGAAGCUCCUGCAAGUGUAUCCUCAAGAAGAUAUUGAAGCAAAAAGAUGGGAAAAGAUUGCAAAAGCACUUGGAAACAGAACACCCAAACAGGUUGCUAGUAGAGUACAGAAAUAUUUCAUUAAGCUUGCCAAAGCGGGUUUACCAGUACCUGGUAGAGUUCCUAAUAUACCAAGAUCAGGAGCUAGGACAGCCAAGAGAUCGUCACACUACCAGAUGAUGGGCUUUCGUAACUCUACAUUCUUUCCAUCAUACCAACCUAGAGUGUUCAUGAGUGACAGCAAGGAUGAUGAUGAUGAAUCUAGUGUGGCUUUCUCUGAUGACACAUCAUACUUGUCU